AUGGCGACCAUUUCAUCUCCCGUUAUUGCUACAAAACUCAAUCUUACACCUACCACGAGAUUUACUACUGUGUUCUCUUCGUCCAGCUCACUGUUCUUUGGCGACCAUGUUAAUAACCGGGCUGGUCUUCACCUGGUUGUGAAUCGGUCCAGAAGAGCCAGUACGAGUGAGAAAAGGGGGCUUUCGUGUAACUGCCUUUUCGGGCUCGGAGUGCCGGAGCUUGUUGUAAUUGCCGGCGUGGUUGCGCUGGUUUUCGGGCCCAAGAAGUUGCCCGAAGUUGGCCGGAGUAUUGGCAAGACUGUUAAGAGCUUCCAGCAGGCUGCAAAAGAACUAGAGUCGGAACUGAAGAAGAAUACUGAGUCUUCAGAGGAGCCUCCUGCUGAGAAGAUUACAACAGUCAGUGAAGAAGAGAAACCAGAGGCUAAAGUCUCGGGCACGAAGGAGAACUCCCAAGUUUGA